AUGAAAUCCAGUAUUGACAGAAACCAUAUGUUCCUUAUUUGUAAUGGGAUAUUGGUGAUUCUUGUUAAAAGCUCGUCAUCAGUUUCAUCAUCAACGACAACUCAAGAAAAUAGCUCAGAUUACAGUAGUAAUACAGUUCAGAAUGAUCAGUGUUUGUCCAGCAGCAGAUCAACUACUGUAGUGGUUGAGAAAAAAGAGGGGUUGUUUUCUGCUGUAACUUCAGAGCAGAAAGAUACUACUGAGGUGAAAAUUGCGCGUUUCGCGAAUGUUGAGAUGAAUGUAACAAGAUCAGAACAAUUAUUGGACUUAGAAUGUUGUCAUUUUCAUGAUGUUAAUGAUAAUGAUGAUCAUGAUGAUGGUAAUGGUGAUCAUGAUAAUGAUGAUCAAGAUGAUGAAGAGGGUGCAGAGGAAUUGAAUAAGAGGUGUGAAGAAUUUAUUAGGAGAAUGAAACAAGGGAUUAUGUCUGAAAGUAGAAAAGACUUGGGUUUAGCUAGAUUUUCUUAG